GAAACGAUGUGUCCCUGGGAAGAGGCCCGAGCAUAACAAUGGCCUCCGCCGUCUCCACCGCCGCCUUCCCAUGCCCUAACCCUACCCUCUUCCUCCGCCACCGGCCCUUUCCACCGCCUUCUCUGCUCCGCCUCCCCCACCGCUCUCCGCGCCCCGGAGACCUCCGUCUCCGCGCUCGCGCCACCGUCACCCCCCGUUCGCCCUCGUCCCUCCUAUCCGACUCCACUCGGACACUCGCAUCCCUCCUCGCCCUCGCCCUCUCCGCCUCCAAGGCCGUCCUCUCCGGCGUCCGUCGCCUCGCCGAGCGCGCCGCCGUGGCGGCCGCUCCCUCCCCGGACGAGCUCGCCGAGCUCCGCUCCAUCCAAGGCAACCUGGCCUGGGCGGCCGGGCCCCUCUUCUUCGCCGCGCGCCGGAUGAAGCGGCCGUCGGGAUACCUCAACACCCCGCUCACCGUAGUCGCGGCGGGGAUGGCGAAAUGGUUGGACAUCUACAGCGGAGUGUUGAUGGUGAGGGUACUUCUGAGCUGGUUCCCCAACAUCCCUUGGGAUCGCCAGCCUCUGUCGGCGAUCCGGGACCUGUGCGACCCGUACCUCAACCUCUUCAGGAACAUCAUCCCGCCGGUCUUUGAUACCCUCGAUGUCAGCCCCCUUCUGGCUUUCGCUGUCUUGGGGACUCUUGGAUCGAUCUUGAACAACAGCCGGGGAACGUAUUGAGGAGGCGACAGGGAAAAAGACGUUGAGUAGAUGAGCGAGUUUCUUGCAGGUUAAAUGAUGUCCGUGUCUAGUUUUCCAGGUAAAGUUAUCACAGAAGUGCAAUAUAAAGUGUCACAGGUAGCAAGUAGAUCAUGAUCAACAUCAUUGGGUUUCGUUGGCAAGAAUCAACUCAAGGUUAGAUGAUGAGCUUAUGUUGGUAUUGUAUCCAGAUGCACUCGAAGACAUGGAAGCCACUCUGUGUAUGGUUGUGUUGCUUGGUCUGUCCCCCAACAGUUUGUUUGAGCAUAUCAUGAAUUGAAUCCUUAUAAUACCUUUUUUUCUUUUAAUGAAUUAUUUUAUACAUA